UUCUGGAUGCUGUUUCAAUGUCGGCCCCUGGUUCGUCUUACGGCACAGUUGUCGGUGGUGCGCGCGAUUCGGUCGUGUCAGAUUAAUAUAAAAAAAAUCAUUAACGUUUCUAUAUUAUUGUUUUAAUUACUUUUAGCGGACGGCAGUAAAUAUAAAUUUGAUCAGAAGAUCGAUUCAUCAUGAACAAGAAGACUCAUAAAAAGAAGAACAAGAGGCGGAAUAAAAACGAUGGGCGGAAUAAAGAAAAUGCCGGAGCUGAGAAAGACAAGACAGCCGUCGAAGAUGGAAAGGAAACGGGCGCGGAAGAUAAGGCGGCUGAAGAUCUGUGCUACGAAAUCAAACAUUCAGAUGUUAUGGGAAGAUACAUAGUAGCGACGAGGGACAUAGAGCCUGGUGAGGUGAUCAUCACAGCACCAGCUCUCGUGGUGGGACCCUGCUCUGGAUGUGGCCUGAUCUGUCUUGGAUGCUAUCGAGAGUUGGAAGAAAGUCAUUUAACAAAAUGUUCUGGUUGCAAGUGGCCUCUCUGCAGCAACUCGUGCUUCGGUCUCGGCAAGUACACUGGACAUUCCAAAUACGAAUGUGAAACACUCAAGAAAAUCCCACCGGACUAUAAAAAUAUGGAGGAGUUGAGAGAUUCGUACCACGCCAUCACGCCUCUAAGAUGUCUACUUUUGAAAAAGGAAGACCCGAGUAAGUGGUGUGCGUUGUCUGAGAUGGAGUCACACAACGCGAUCCGACGCUCUCGUGGCGACAUCUACCCCAUGAACGACAGGAACGUGGUGCAGAGACUCAAGAAAUGGGGGCUGGAGUAUGAUGAUGAUGAAGUACACACGGUCUGCGGUAUAUUAGAGGUGAAUGCCUUCGAGGUCGGCGCCAGUGGUGCGAACGCGCGUGCUCUGUAUAGUGAAGCUUAUCUGCUGGCUCACGACUGCACUCCGUCCACGAGUCACACGGACCACGAGAGACGGCCCGGACGACCUCUCACCAUCAGAGCGGCCAUCAGACAUGUUCCAGGAGACGUCAUCUCACUGUGCUACGCUUACACACUACAGGGUACCCUGAAGCGUCGCGAGCAUCUCGCCGUGUCGAAGUUCUUCAUGUGUAGUUGUGUGCGGUGUGCGGACCCCACAGAGCGCGGUACCCAGGCGAGUUCUUUACGCUGCCCGCGGUGUGCCGGCUCUGUGUUGUCCACGGACCCUCUCCGCAGUGACGCGCUCUGGCGCUGCGCAGAAUGUACAUACGAGAUGUCGGCCGCUACAGUCAAGUUACUACUGAAGAGAUUGACGGAUGAAUUUGAUCAAAUAGACGCCAACGACGUCCAGGGCUUUGAGAAUUAUCUCACCAAGUACAGGAACGUGCUGCAACCCAACCACUACCUUAACUUGUCGGCGAAACACUCGCUGAGUCAGCUGUAUGGGAAGGUAGCGGACUACAUGAUACAUGAGAUGACGGAAGAGCUGCUUCAGAGGAAGAUCGAGAUAUGUAGAGACUUGAUGAAAGUCUUCGAUGUCAUCGAACCGGGAUACUCUAGACUCAGAGGCAUUACGCUGUACGAGUUACACGCUCCUCUGAUGGUUUUGACAACCAGAGCAUUUGAGAGGAAAGAAAUAACAAAAGAGAAUUUAAGAAAUCGCUUGAAAGAGAUCGUCCGCUACCUCCGCGAGUCUGCCGUCAUUCUCGGCUUCGAGCCGCGAGCUUCCCCCGAGGGUCUCAUGGCCGGCGCCGCCCAACACGCGCUCUCCAAGAUUAACACAUGGGAACAAAUCAUAGGCAAGAUUUCCUGAACACACAUACAGACUAAUUCAUGUUUAUGUUUAAACAUCUGUUAUCUUUAAGACGAAAUAUAUUUUUAUAUUGUUUUUGACAAUUAAAAGAUUGUAUAUGUAUAUCUGUUUCAAUAAUAAAAUUAAUAUGACCAAUUCAAAAAUGUGUCAAUAAAAGUCUAUAUUUUGUAUUUUUUUUUUAAAUAUUUUGUGAUCUUCUGUGCUAGGACAAUUUAUUUUUUUGUUAUAGAUUAACAUCCGUUUUCCCUUUAUUUUAGUUCAAUUAAUUCUCAACUGAUCAUUUGUAAAAUGAAAUCACGUAAUUUUUGUAACAUUUCUCAUACUCAAAAAUAAAUAUCGCGAAUGUUUUUACAA